CUCGCCCCAUUCUCCCGCUUUCCAUCAUCCCUCCCCUUUCUCCCGCUUUCCAUCUCCCUGCCCCAUUCUCCUGCUUUCCAUCACCCCGCCCCAUUCUCCCGCUUUCCAUCACCCCACCCCAUUCUUCCGCUUCCCAUCAUCCCGCCGCAUUCCCCCGCUUUCCAUCACCCCUCCCCAUUCUCCCUCCUUCUAUCACCCCGCCCCAUUCUCUCGCUUUCCAUCACCCGCCCCAUUCUCCCGCUUUCCAUCACCCCGACCGAUUCUCCCGCUUUCCAUCACCCCGCCCCAUUCUCCCUCCUUCCAUCACCCCGCCCCAUUCUCCCGCUUUCCAUCACCCCGCCCCAUUCUCCCUCCUUCCAUAACCCCGCCCCAUUCUCCCUCAUUCCAUCACCCCGCUCCAUUCUCCCGCUUUCCAUCACCCCGCGCCAUUCUCCCGCUUCCCAUAACCCCACCCCAUUCUCUCGCUUUCCAUCACCCCGCCACAUUUUCCCACUUUCCAUCACCCCGCCCCCUUCUCUCUCCUUCCAUCACCCCGCCCCAUUCUCCCUCCUUCCAUCACCCCGCCCCAUUCUCCCGCUUUCCAUCAGCCCACCCCAUUCUCCAGCUUUCCAUCACCCCGCCCCUUUCUCCCGCUUUCCAUCUCCCCGCCCCAUUCUCCCGCUUUCCAUCAGAGCGCCCCAUUCUCCCGCUUUCCAUCACCCCGCCCCAUUCUUCCGCUUCCCAUCAUCCCGCCCCAUUCCCCCGCUUUCCAUCACCCCUCCCCAUUCUCCCUCCUUCCAUCACCCCGCCCCUUUCUCCCGCUUUCCAUCUCCCGGCCCUUUCUCCCGCUUUCCAUCACCCGCCCCAUUCUCCCGCUUUCCAUCACCUCGCCCCAUUCUCCCGCUUUCCAUCACCCCGCCCCAUUCUUCUGCUUUCCAUCACCCCGCCCCAUUCUCCCGCUUUCCAUCACCCUGCCCCAUUCACCCGCUUUCCAUCACCCGCCCCAUUCUCCCACUUUCCAUCACACCGCCCCAUUCUCCCGCUUUCCAUCACCCCGCCCCAUUCUCCCGCUUUUCAUCACCCCGCCCCAUUCUCCCGCUUUCCAACACCCCGGCCCAUUCUCUCGCUUUCCAUCACCCCGCCCCCUUCUUCCUCUUUCCAUCACCCCGCCCCAUUCUCCCUCCUUCCUUCACCCCGCCCCAUUCUCCCGCUUUCCAUCACUCUGCCCCAUUCCUCCGCUUUCCAUCACCCCGCACCAUUCUCCCACUUUCCAUCACCCCGCCCCAUUCUCCCGCUUUCCAUCACCCUGCCCCAUUCUCCCGCUUUCCAUCACCCCGCCCCCUUCUCCCUCCUUCCAUCACCCCGCCCCAUUCUCCCUCCUUCCAUCACCCCGCCCCAUUCUCCCGCUUUCCAUCAGCCCGCCCCAUUCUCCCGCUUUCCAUCACCCCGCCCCUUUCUCCCGCUUUUAAUCUCCCUGCCCCAUUCUCCCGCUUUCCAUCACCCCGCCCCAUUCUCCCGCUUUCCAUCACCCCGCCCCAUUCUCCCGCUUCCCAUCAUCCCGCCCCAUUCCCCCGCUUUCCAUCCCCCCUCCCCAUUCUCCCUUCUUCCAUCACCCCGCCCCAUUCUCCCGCUUUCCAUUACACGCCCCAUUCUCCCGCUUUCCAUCACCCCGCCCCAUUCUCCUGCUUUCCAUCACCCAGCCCCAUUCACCUGCUUUCCAUCACCCGCCCCAUUCUCCCGCUUUCCAUCACCCCGCCCCAUUCUCCCACUUUCCAUCACCCCCCCCCAUUCUCCCGCUUUUCAUCACCCCGCCCCAUUCUCCCGCUUUCCAACACCCCGCCCCAUUCUCCCGCUUUCCAUCACCCCGCCCCAUUCUCCCGCUUUCCAUCACCCCGCCCCAUUCUCCCUCCUUCCAUCACCCCGCCUCAUUCUCCCUGCUUCCAUCACCCCGCCCCAUUCUCCCGCUUUCCAUCACCCCGCCCCAUUCUCCCGCUUUCCAUCACCCCGCCCCAUUCUUCCGCUUCCCAUCAUCCCGCCGCAUUCCUCCGCUUUCCAUCACCCCUCCCCAUUCUCCCUCCUUCUAUCACCCCGCCCCAUUCUCUCACUUUCCAUCACCCCGCCCCAUUCUCCCGCUUUCCAUCACCCCGACCCAUUCUCCCGCUUUCCAUCACCCCGCCCCAUUCUCCCUCCUUCCAUCACCCCGCCCCAUUCUCCCGCUUUCCAUCACCCCGCCCCAUUCUCCCUCCUUCCAUCACCCCGCCCCAUUCUCCCUCAUUCCAUCACCCCGCUCCAUUCUCCCGCUUUCCAUCACCCCGCGCCAUUCUCCCGCUUCCCAUAACCCCACCCCAUUCUCCCGCUUUCCAUCACCCCGCCUCAUUUUCCCACUUUCCAUCACCCCGCCCCCUUCUCUCUCCUUCCAUCACCCCGCCCCAUUCUCCCUCCUUCCAUCACCCCGCCCCAUUCUCCCGCUUUCCAUCAGCCCGCCCCAUUCUCCAGCUUUCCAUCACCCCGCCCCUUUCUCCCGCUUUCCAUCUCCCCGCCCCAUUCUCCCGCUUUCCAUCAGACCGCCCCAUUCUCCCGCUUUCCAUCACCCCGCCCCAUUCUUCCGCUUCCCAUCAUCCCGCCCCAUUCCCCCGCUUUCCAUCACCCCUCCCCAUUCUCCCUCCUUCCAUCACCCCGCCCCUUUCUCCCGCUUUCCAUCUCCCUCCCCAUUCUCCCGCUUUCCAUCACCCGCCCCAUUCUCCCGCUUUCCAUCACCUCGCCCCAUUCUCUCGCUUUCCAUCACCCCACCCCAUUCUUCUGCUUUCCAUCACCCCGCCCCAUUCUCCCGCUUUCCAUCACCCUGCCCCAUUCUCCUGCUUUCCAUCACCCGCCCCAUUCUCCCGCUUUCCAUAA